AUGCGCUGCGUCCGCGUUCUGCGACAUGGGAAGCUGGCGUACCCGGUAGGCGCCGGGCGACUCGCCCUCGGCACGGAGCUGCUACCACUGCUUCCCUCCAACGACAUCUUCUACGACCCGCCAAAGCUGCGCUACCGGCUCGACCAGGAUGGCUACCUCUACUUCAAGAACACUGUGCCGCGCGAUGUGGUGAACGCCGCGCUUGACGACCUGGCGACUCAGAUGCGCGAGUGCGGGCUUACCCUUGACGAGGACCGCGCGCGGCAGGCGGAGCUGAAUGGCUUCGCGAUGGGUGUGCCGUACCCGUCCACCAGCGGCGGUGAGCUGCCACUGCCGAAUAUCCACCACACCGACACAAUUCGCAACGCAGUGAGUGGCACGAGUGUGAUGGCGACGGUGCGCCAAGUCUUUGGGGGCUCUGUAAAGGCAACGACGCUACAGACACUGCACCUUGGCGCCCCAGGCGAGUCCUUUGGCUUUCGUAUGCCGAGCGUUUUUCUGAACCGCGGCACGAAACUCGCCCUCGUGGCCAUAGUGCCUCUGCACGAAACCCCGCUCCAUAUGGGUACACCGCUGUUGGUGCGCAGCAGCAACAGCCACGACACGUACGCGCAGCUGCGCAAAACGUACGGACAGUGGGAGGUGGAGAGCGACUCGAUCCGCGGGGAUGGCUGCUACACCGAGAACCCGGCUGAGCUUUCGCCGCUUGGCAAGCUGCCAGGCACGGAUGAGACGACCGGGGCCUCCAUCAUUGUUGACGUCAACCCGUUCGUGUCCUCCGCCUUGGAGGCUGGGGACCUGCUGCUGACUACCGUGUACACGAUGCAGUCCUUCUUAACCAACCAGACGAACUGCUGGCGCCUCAUGGCAGAAGCUGUCUGGUGCAUGGACGGUGACGACAUCGGACUAGACCCGCGCUACAUGGGUAGCACCGCGCCUGGUCUUGCGGCAUGGGCAGAGCGCCGUGACGACCCGACCGUGUACCCGAAGAGCUUGAUGGAGGCCAAGAAGGAGUGGGGUCUAGUACCCGACUUGGCGGCGGUCACAAUGGACGAGACGAAGACGUCUUCCGCCUGA